AUGGACGUCACUGCAUCCACUCUCAACAGGACCAGUCCCCUCGAUUUCGAUUUCGCCAAGAUCCAGCCUUUUGUCAAAUCCGGCGCCUUCCUCGAACCGCCCGACACUUCGUCUCUUCUGAACGACUCUCACGACUCUCAACUCUCCAAACGCAACAAUCGUUAUGCAAUGCGCUUCUCCUCCAACGCUGGCAUCAUUGAACAGUACGCAAGGUCGUGGAGUCAAGACCUCAGUGGCAAUCUUCCACUCGAACAAGACAUGAAUUAUGAGAAGCUUGUUGGUCCAUCAUCGGGUAGCAAUACACCGAGAUGGCCUUUCAUCAAUGACGAUAGCCUCAACACACCUGACUCAGUAGAGCCCGCCAGCCCUCUCUUCCCUACCACUACCAAUGCCGUCUCGCAGCCCAGACAGAUUCACCGAAUUGAUGAAGAUCUCGAGGACUGGGCUGUCUUGUAUGUCUCGCCGUUCGAUGCGGUUCCAGAAGCCACUGAAGCAGAGCUUCCUCCGCCGCCACCUGGUCGAUUAUCCUUCCGUCGCUCGCGCAAUAAGGUCAUGACAUCUGCCGAGUUUGAACAAUUGCGGAAGCAAAGGGCUAGAGAAGAAGCUGAAAGACGGCUCUACGAGGGCGAAGACGAGGAGGACAAGAUCGACUACGAGGGUGUCGACGAGGCUGAGCUUGUCAGAAAGCAGAUGGCGCAGCGUAAGAAGCAACAGGCGCACCUUGACAACUACCGACAGCGGAUGAUGAAGAGUACCAAGGGACCUGACCUUCCAACGAUACCGUCUCAUCAUUCGAGAAAGCCUUCGUCAUGGUCUAUGAAGUCCUUCAAGACAUUCCGAGGUCACCAAGAGGAAGCAACAACACAAUACGGCGGGGAUGACGAUGAGGACGAUGUGCCUCUAGCCAUACUUCAGAUGCAACGACGCUCUGAUGGGAGAUCAGACUAUGGUGUGCAGCUUCAAUUACGAUCACCAUUGCCAGCCUUUGCAAACGGGUUGCCGCAAGAUCCAUAUGCCGGGGCUAUGAACGCUCAAUGGCCGAUGAACAACCAACAGCUUAUUCCAGGUGGUCUUGUCGGCGUGAUAGCAAGUGAAGAGCGCGCCAAGGCGAUGCGACGUGUUGCUCCAAGUCAUGGCUUCCAGCCUUUACCUGACACCAACAACGCUUUCAACUGGGCCUCGUCAUCUCAUCAGCCACCGCCAAUACCUGGCGCAUUCAAUAUGCCUGCCAUGCAACCGCCAAUGCCAUACUCGCGACCGCAAACGCCAGUUGCUGUGCCACAAAUGCCCCCAGUCCCUCCCAAUAACCAAAUGUUCAACUUCAUUCAAGCCCAAACGGACUUCUUGCGCAGUAUGGCCACUAUGAAUCAACAAAGAGGUGGUCAGGCCUGGGACCAACAGUCUGCAAUGGGUAUGGGUAUGCCCGGUGCAAUGCCUAAUUACACCCCUUCAAAUUAUGCUCCUUCAAAUUACGCAAAGUCCAAUUACGCGCCAUCAAACUAUGCGCCGUCCAACUAUGCGCAAUCCAAUUAUGCUAGGUCAACUUAUGCAAAGUCAACGUAUGCUCGCUCAAACUAUGCCAAGUCUGUUCACAACCGAGAUACUGCAUACGCCCCUUCAGUCGCACCAUCAGAACGAAACACUGUCGGCAUGCCAAGUCGCUACAGACCCGUCUCAAAGGCAUCGCAACAAGUGCGCUCAGAAAAGGAGACCCCAAGGGUUUCUACCUCAAGUAACUGGAAUCGUAACCGCAACACCAGAGCGGACACAGCAGCUAUCCUCGAAGGCGACAGUACCGACAGCGAAGAUGAUGAAGCAUUUUGGAGAGCGAAGAAGGCCAAGCGAGACAGGAGAAGGGCCAUGUGGAUUCAAGAAAACGAUUUGGGGAUCAAGGGUGAAUGGAUCAUCUGA